UAACUGCAGAUGAGCUUUCAAGUCGUUAUUCAGUUGAACUGAAUAGCACCUACUUGCGAGUUAUGAAGACAGUUUAGUUAUAAGAAAUCAAAUGAUCACAAAAAUUCAUGUCAGAAAAUGACCUUGACCUCUGUGUAAUUCGAAAGACUGGCGGGUUUGUUUCAUGAAAUCAUUCUGAAAUACUCUUUGUGACGGCCCCCCAAAUGUACACAGUGUUUCACGGCUCCGCUGCAGGGCAGCAAAGAUCAAUGAUUACUUGUGCAUUUUUCCUCGCCUUCCUUUGAAUCUGAUCAAGAGUGAACUGAAAAAUGAUAGACAAGACAGCGUCUCUGACAUGUCAGCUAGAAACCUAGUUACAGUUUAGGGCGAGAUGUAUCCUGCUAAAUGCGAUCAGUUGGAAGAUUUUGCUUAGAACCGGAGAAACCUUUUUGUGUCAAGACUUCUCAUAAAGAAUCGGAUUCACUGGUGUGGUGAACACUGAGUCAUUCUGAGUCUAUCAACAGGGAAAACAUAUUCGUCAGCUUUCAGACUAUUAUUUCAGAAGGAAAAGGAAGAUACUCGACGUACCUAUGCCUGGAUUUCACCUGGCAAAGGUGGACAGAGAGAGUCUUGCCGAAAAAUACAUUUGCAAUUCCUGCAGUUUGCUUUUAAGAGAAGCAAUACAAACGUCAUGUGGACAUUUCUAUUGCAAAUCGUGCUUGGUAAAUCUUAUUCAAGAUCCGGAAUCAGUGGUGAUGAUCUGCUUAAGUGAUCAGAAACAUCUUCUACCUAAUGAGGUAUUCCCAGACAGAUUUAUGCAAAGAGAAAUACUUGCUCUUGCCGUUCACUGCACUUUCAAGGUUGACGGAUGCGCAUGGAAAGGGGAAGUCAGACAUUUGGAGAACCACACUUCUACCUGCGAGUUCCUUAAACUUCCGUGCGUCCAUCCUGAGUGCCGUGUCCUUUUGAAGAAAGCUGAUCUUACUAAACACUUGGAAGAGGAAUGCAAUUACAGAUUAGAGAAGUGUACAUUCUGUCAAAAGCAGAUAAGACUAAACGCAAUGAAGGAGCACCACGAGAGGCAAUGUCCAGGAUACCCGGUUCGUUGUGACAAAUGUAACAGGGAGAAUAUUCCACGAAGAAAGCUGCAAGAUCAUCAGAACCCAGUUUUUGGAGACUGUGAGAGCGUGGAGGGUCCAUGUCCAUUUUCACAACUUGGAUGUCCAAUGAAAGAGGUCCUCAGCCAACGAGAAAAAAAGAAACAUAUGGAGCAGGCAAAUGUGUUUCACACUAGUCUGCUUUUUCAAGAGAUUUUGCGGAUGAGCAAAGAAGUGGAAGGACUAUUACAACGUAACCCUAACCUCCUGUCCAGGCAACCCCAGUUACUUUCAAACUUUGACGGUGUGAUCCAAGACAUUCUCACCCAGAUGCAAAUGAGAGGAGACGAGAUCAGAGUACAGCAGGCCAAAAUAAGAGAGCAUAGUGAACGAAUAACAUCUUUAGAAAGAAGAAUGGCUUCAGUCAAUGCCUCUGAGACGGGUCCAUCUGCCCAACGUUUGAAUGAAUCUGCAGAUUUACCAAUCAACGAAAACUCAAGGAGACUAACCAAUGUUGAAAAUAAGACCGCUGACCACGAAGUUCUUUUGGUUGAAAAUAAUCGCACAAUGGAGGAGGUUAAACGUGACGUAGGCACCAUGAAAAGGCAACUUGAUACCACUCAGGAGAGCUCCAGAAGGCAUGACCGAAGGAUUGAAUCUAUUGAGCACACACUGGCACUUAGAAAUGUUACUCUGGCUGAUCUGGAAGAAUACGUAAGACAACAAGAAUUCUCAAGCUACGACGGCCAGCUGUUGUGGAAGAUUUCUGAUUACGCUCGCAAACGAAAUGAUGCAGUGACUGGACAGCAGGUUUCCUUCUAUAGCCCAUGUUUCUUUACCAGCCGUUAUGGGUACAAAAUGUGUGCCCGCAUAUAUUUGAACGGUGAUGGAAUGGGAAGAGGAACCCACAUCUCCAUCUUCUUUGUGGUCAUGCGCAGCCAGUAUGACGCGCUUCUCCGUUGGCCAUUCAGACAGAAGGUGACCUUCAUGUUGUUGGAUCAGGAUAACGUAGAACACGUGAUUGACGCCUUCAGACCUGAUCCGAACAGUUCUUCCUUCCAAAGGCCAAGAAGAGAAACUAACAUAGCCAGUGGAUGUCCAAUGUUCUGUUCGCUUGCUGAACUUAGUAAUCAUGCAUACGUCAGGGACGACGCCAUGUUUCUGAAAAUAAUUGUGGAUACGUCUGAUCUGUGAUCAAAUUUUCAACAUUAGACACCAUCCCGACAACAUCAACAGAGACAAUGGUAUAGAUAAUCCAAAGCUAUUCACGAUAAAAGCAUGUUAUAAAGAUAUUACAAGAUAGUAUUUCCUAUCUCUUGAACAGUGAAGGAAACAGGUAAUACAAAGCUAUGCUUAUGGUGCAAGUCACCCUCUGAUGUAGACCACAACAAGCAGUCGACAAGUCAUUUUCUCAGUAUCAAGUCAAUGUCCUGUAAAACAGAGACUAAUCGUGAUGUUCUCAGGGCUUAAAUAAUCGUGCUGAUUGUUAUCACUAUCAUAUUUGGUGAUAAGAGCUUUCCACAAAAAGUCACAAUGAAAAGCAUUUACCUAUGCCACAACCAGCCAGGACUAAUUGGAGCAUGACUUGACAUAAAUGUCAAGUCAAUUUCAUCAAAUAUCAUAUUUGAUUGUUUUAUAUUUGAUACAAUGUAAGAUUCACAAAGACAUUUAGCGAAUUUUCGUUAGAGGUAAAAUCUGCUUUGUCUAUAUUCUAUGGUAUGUUUAUCCUGUAAUUAGCUGUAUAUACCUGAAAAAAUCAGGCGCUUCUGAUUGGCUGAAAACAAGUGCAGUUUUCAUGUAACACGGGUGAAAAGUUGUAAUACGAGUGCGCCCUGUCAAAACUUCGUCUGGCUUGACUUUCUGUGAUACUUUUUUUUUCAUGUAGAGUAUUUUAAAACGAGUAAGAACGUGAUUACUGGUGCAGUUUGGUGUAAAUAAGCAAUUUUCUCAUAUAACCCGUCCGGUCCCGCUCGCGCAAUACGUAUGGGAGCUCAGCAUAUUGUGCUCAUGGAAAUUACGUUUUAAUUGAUCUGUGCUAAUCAUAAUGGUAGGCGAUGGAUCAUAAUUGUAAAUACUAAUAUGGGAACUUUUACAGAUAUCUUAGAGCCUAGGUGUGUAUAUUUUCAAAUUUGUAUGAGUGAGCGAAAAGCAAUUUCAGCCACUGUUAAUCUUAUAAACUUGAAUGGUAAGAUUUGAGUACAUUAUAGAAAUGAAUUACUACCCGUUUAAUGUAAGAAUCCAGAUUUUUUUUAACAAAUACUAGAAUUAGCAUGGCAAUAUUAAAACAUGGCAAUGUUACCAAACUAAGUAAGAAAAAAUUGUCUCAUAGAUUUUUAACUGUAAAAGAACCAGGAUAGCGCUCGCACAUGGCGUCACCAAUUGAACUUGUUGUCCUCGAAUGAAGUUGUCUUUCUGUUAUAAGGGACUUUAAACAAAUCACGACGGCGACGGCAACGGCAACGAGAACGUGAAAAAAUAAUAGAUCUAAUUGGCAGAACAAUGCCCAGCACGUGCGUUUUAAAAUUGUACAUCUCUUGGCCGUCCUUUACAAAACAACGUGGAAUCACCAAAAUUUGCGUCGUCUGCGAAGCGAAACCGCGGCGGUAAAUUAUUUUAAUUUACAUUUGGAACUCAACGCUGCUUUUAUGCGUUAUGUUGAGUUUGAGGUCUGGCGCCCUAUGAAACGUUAGAUACAUGCAGCCAUUUGCGAAAUUCUAACUUAAAGUAGAAACUCAUUUUUUAAUCGACGUCUUCCAUGGCGUUGCCGUCCUGACUGCUUAAAGUCCCUUAUAGUCUUAUUUGUAAAACGCAUCAAAAUAAUUGUGCAUCAAACAAUAUUGUGUUUGAUACAAUACAAUUUUUGAAAGAUGUUAUUCAGUGAAUGACACAGGCAUACUCUAAGUAAAAAGAACUCCGAGCACUCUCAA